UACAUUGAUAUAAUAUAAUUAGUUAAGGCUGUGUGUGAUUAUUUUUGUUUUCAUUUAUUUGGCCACAUUACCAACACUCGUUUGCCAUGCGCCGUUUAGCCGCUGGUGUGUAUCUGAUUAACCAAUGGAAAAGUACCAUUAGUAGCCCAGUUCCUCCCCCUCCACCAAAUACACCAUCACUUCCCCUCCCUGCCCUGUAAUCGUUAUGUUUGGGUCUACCCUGUCCCCUCCGCCCCCCCACAGCAUUGUCCUUACCGAGAGAGGCAGUGAACCCUGACACAGUCUCUCUGAUCCUCCAGUCCCGGGCUGGCCGGUGCGUCCCGUUGCGCACAGCACAAUACAGAGUCCAACGCUGCACACUUGUCGCGCGGGCACUCAUUUCACUGGGUACCUCAGGACAGCUAAUAAGAGAGAGCUGGUGAGAGAGAGAGAGAGAGAGCUACAACUUCAAGAGCGGAUAUGAUUCAUGCGUGGAUGACAGGGGAUCGGUGAUAGGAGGACUCGGGGGAGUUCAGGUAUAAGCAGAAACAAGGACGGGUCUUGGCCCCUCUCCUCCCCCGAGCAGUUUGCACAAGGUGAUCCAGCAGAGGCUUCUGCUUGACCGAGGAGUCACUUUACACGGAUUCCUUCCCCAGCUGUGACCUAUAAUGCUACUUACUCUGUACUCUUUGAGCUCGUGAUAGUCUCUCUCCUCUUCGCGUCCCUCUCAAACUUCAGUCAGUGGAUCUCUGUGAGAGCGGCAGGAUGGGAUCGCAGUCCGGAGCUGCUCUGCAGAAACAGACGCUCUUGUGGUUCAUUGUAGCAGUGUCUCAGUGUGUGUCAAUACUGAGCUGUGGACCCCACUAUGAAUACGCUAUUGAGGAGUUCUGCCUGGCAAAAUUCAAACUGGACAUGCAGAAGCUGGACCAGAUACACUGGUGCAGCUGGGAGGACACGGUCGAACUCUAUGGCGAGCUGACAAACUGCACAUACCUGGUGGCGGAGAACAUGGCAUGCUACUGGCCCAACAGGCUGGUGGACGAAUUCUUCAUCCGAGUCCACAAGCAGUACUUCCACGACUGCUCCAUGUCUGGACGGCUUCUUAGGGACCCGCCUAACCGGAUCCUUGGUCCCUUCAUCGUUGUGCCCAUCCUGGUCACACUGCUCAUGACUGCCCUGGUGGUGUGGAGGAGCAAACGCAGCGAGGGGAUUGUGUAGGAGGUGGGGGCUUGAAAAAAAGAACUGCAAACCCCUACCUGGAGGAGGAGCCGAAGUGAAUGACAGUGACAUUUAUGUACAGCUCCCAUCCAUUGUUGUACAAACAGUCUGACAAGGAUUCAAAGAACCCAUGAAUCAAGCAAGACGGUGGAAAGAUUGUGAAUACAAAUUAUUUUACUGAAAACAUAACUUGUACAAAGGAUUUUCAUUGUGGUGACCAUUCUACAAGGACUGCACAACAACUUAUACCAACAAGCUAUCUUCUACCUACAAUGGACAACACCAACACAGGAAUGAAACUCAUUGCUGAACUGUCAAAAAGACCAGUUUUACACCAUGGCUCAGAAAAAACAGCACAGGUACUGCAACCUCUGUUAGGGAACCCAGGUAUAUCAGACAAACUGUUCAUGUAGACAAUAUGUACAAUAUGAGAUGAACCGUCAGAGUGUCUAUGUUACCCAACAAAACAGUCUGCUAAAUGUAUUUCUCUCUGGAUUCAAAGAUGACUGAUUCUAACAGGUUUAUUAUAUUGUUAUGUAUUAUAUUUAAGCAUAUACUCUUGGUCAUGCCUAUUGUAACGUUGUCUUUAGAGGGAAUAGAAUGUGCUUGUGUUAAAUUUCCCCCCUUUUGUUCAUGUAAAGGUGCAUUUCGACCAAGAGUUCCGGAGUCUUUUAGCCCCCAGAACUACU